CUCACUUUUACCCAUCGAACCUGCCCCACCAGAUUCGACCGCCCGCAUCAUUUUCACCUCCCAGCGCCCGUCAAACAUGCCCUCGACACCACCACAUAACCGCCAACAAACCUCGCAGACGACCACCCUCCUCGUCCUCGGCUUCAUCAUCGUCUGCCUCUUCCCAAACUUGUUUAAUUUCCUUUGGCACCUGCCCCUCACGCUCCUAGGAUACGCAUUCUCCGGCCUCCACAGCGCUUCGACGGCGACCCCACGUCAUAGCCCCCCACCAAACUCGCACUCGGCGACCAUGACGGGCUCCUGGUUCCAGAAGCAGUUCACCCUGCCCGCGCGCUCGCGCGGCUCGUACCUCAUCACCGACGACGUCGUCGGCGCGCUCCCCGAGCUCAAGAACUACAAGGUCGGCAUCCUGCACCUGUUCGUGCAGCAUACGAGCUGCGCGCUCAGCCUCAACGAGAAUUGGGACAGUGAUGUCCGAGAAGAUAUGAGCGAUGCGCUGGACCGCAUUGCCCCCGAGGCCGGCCCCAAGGGCCAGGAGCUGUAUCGGCACAGCGCCGAGGGCCCCGACGACAUGCCUGCUCACAUCAAGAGCGCUCUCAUCGGCGCAAGCGUGACCAUCCCGAUCAAGGAUGGCAAGCUGGCGACGGGAACCUGGCAGGGAAUUUGGUACCUAGAGUUCAGAGCCAGCAAGCACCAGCGCCGGGUCGUGGCCACCAUCCAGGGACAGCCCAAGGCAUAGGUUCCAGCAGACAGAUGAUGCACAAUCAUAAUAAUGACAAUCACCUAUUCCGUUUCAAACUGAGGAUACCAAU